AUGUCCAAUUCCCGUCUUCUAAGCCCAUAUGCCCCAGAAUUGCUCAAUUUCUCCGACGAAUACCUGGAAGAGAACCGGCUGGGCGAGUGCGCCGAAUGUGAUGGACAUUUUUUACGAACUUUCCAGCAGAGUGGAGUAGCAAAACCAAAAAGAUGCAAGAAUUGCAAAUUUUUGGAGAAAAAUCAGUGGUUCUCGACGGAAGUCUUGGUGGAUGAGGAGGUAUGUCUUCGAUUUUAGAUUGAUUUUCUUGUUGUUUAGCUCGCGCAGGAUGUGUUUUACCUUUUGCACUUUCAUUUAGUCAAGAAAAAUCUUUCUGGAACUUUUUUGGCGAUUUUUCGUAAAUUUAGAUAUCUGGUUCAUGGUGAAGAUAAUUUUUGUCAAAAUUGGACAACUCGUUGGGAAUUUCGGUUUUUGCUAGCACGAGCAUGGUUUAAUCUUGCUUUGUAUGCACAAAAUUGGUUAUUUUUCCUCCGAAUUCUUGCUGUUUAAUCGAUUUUUUGGCUACAGACAUGGUGAAGAUAAUUGUAUAAAAUUUUUUGAGGCAUGCGCUCAAUCCAUGUUUGAAAAAUCACUCAAUCAUGUCUUAAGGUGUAUUUGAGACUUAUUCUCGACGGUUAACAUUGAUUUAUCAUUUCGAAAUUGGUAAUGACAUGGUUAAUAUAAAAUUUUGAGAAUUCUUUGAUUUUUGUGCAAAAAAUUAGAAAUGCAAUAAAUACACUGCACUCAUUAUGAACCAGCCUAUCCCAUUCUCCAUAACGGGCCCAUAAAACCACCUACGGACAGUAUUAAUUAUCCAAAACUACACCUACGGUCGCUUCCUUUGAUAUUAUUGUUCGUAAAGCUGUUUAUGAGCCUAAUUGAUAAGCGAUUCUCAUGGAAGUGAAGGCAAAGGGUGUGCUUUGUCCCAGUAUCUAUGUUUUAUUUUUAAACUCUGCGUCAUUUGACGUAUUUUUAUUGUUUUUGCAAGAUAUGGAUGUAUGUUGAUGUUAUUAUUGUAUUUUUCCAUCUAUUUGAAGGUUCUGACGUCACAUCCUGCAAUAUUUUUCCGGGUUUACGGUAGCUGGCUAUUGAAAGAUAAAAGCGGAAGAAAUUUUGGGUCAAAUAGGUUCAUAAUAAAAACAGAAAAUUUGCAUAAUUGCCUUCGACUGUUCGCGAAAUUUCUUUCAGCGUCCCCAGAUCGCCACUCGUUAGUCGGAAUUUAUUACGGUUUCGUCCGUUUAUCUAAUUCAACUAUGGGGUUUUAUGGGUUUCAGGCGUGUUGGGUUCAAAUAAGGGCUGGAGAAAAAUUAUCAGAGGUUUUUAUGAUGUUAUUUUGUCAUUUUUUUCGUAGGCUAAAGAGUAAAGUGAUAAAAGGCCUUAAUGACUGUGAUGCCUUCGAGAUCUUGGUAACACCAUGAAAAUUCUGAUCGUUGCGGUCAUUUUCUUGAUGUUACCAUGAUCUCAAGGAAUUUUAUGCAGCUGUUGGGUUCGAAACUAUUCGUUGUUGGGGUUUGGUGUAAAAUCUUGAUAAUACCAUGAAAAUUCUGAUCGUUGCGGUCAUUUUCUUGAUAUUACCAUGAUUUCAAGGAAGUUCUGUCAUUUUAUGCAAGCUGUCGGGUUCGGAACUGUUCAUUGUUGGUUUUGGCGCAAAAUCCUGGUAAUACCAUGAAAAUUCUGAUCGUUGCGGUCAUUUUCUUGAUAUUACCAUGAUUUUCUAGUCGCCUCAAGAAGUUCUCCGUUUAUGGCAUCAGAUUUUCUUUUUAUUCUCGCUUGAAUUUCUGUUGCUCUAGUUGACUCAAUGUAGUUGAUAUAUUGUCACGUCGUCUCUCCACUAGGCUUCAGUUCGAAGACCAAAAAACUUCCAUGAUGUCGAAAGAUAAUGAAACGUGCAUUUGCUGCACCUAAUUUACAAGUCUUUUAUCAGCCUUUUGCAUAAUAAUUUGGCUUCUGAAUACGAUGUGGAAACAAUAAACCGCGAUUCGUGUUAUCAUCGGCUAUGACGAACAUAAGACAAUCAGUGUGGUGUUUUCUCGAGUUCAUUGUUCUUAGUGACAAGUUGGGAAGACUGAUAAGGGUCUCCAUUGACUCGGAUCGUUCGAAAGGAUGACUUUUUUUGCAUCUAGGUUUGUUGUUUUUUACUGCAGACAUAGCAGCCGAUUAGACUUAUGAGGGACCACUUAUCUUGAGCUCUUUAAGAGUAAAGUCUCUGUGCAUCGAAAAAGUUCGUUCUUGUAGGAGUUCAGUUUUGUUGUAGGAAAUUUUUAUCGAAAGCUGUGCGUCGCACCUCACUCAAGAAAGAUGUCAUCUAUCAGCACUGUAGUGUCGAGCAAAAAUACACUUUAAAGAGUGUUUUUAUCUUUGAAAGAUUCAGGUACAUGGGAGUUUGAAGUUUCUUCUUUGUAUUUAUCUUAAUCGAGGACAAUCAGUACAUUUUUGGUCGAGCUCUGUGCGUCGCUGAUCCACCAAGAAGUCUCAUAGAAAAUUCCUGUAAUAAACUACGUCCUAAAGGGAAUAUAAAUUUAGGUAGCGACAGCUGGAAGUUUUUAUACCGUCUCCUUUGUAUUUAGUUUAAUCGGGGACCUUGUUUUUAUCACGUUGUAAUGUUGUCAUCAUGUGAUUGAGGACCUUUGCUGAGCUGAUAGCCGAUCGGAAAUCACGGGUUUAUCAGCUCGAAACUUGCUUGGAUUAUAUACAAAAUCGGUGUUGAAAUUUGGAAGAAGUGCCUCCGCAGUUGAUGGAAGAAAAUUAAAAUAAUUUUUCUUCCAAUCGGUCACCGUAGCUCGAGUUGUAAAAAGCUUUCUUAUGUGGUUGUUGAUGUGGUGCCACGCCUAGGGUAUACUAGCGUCUUUGAUAUUUACCAUGUUUGCAUGUUUUAUGUUUGCAUGUUUUAUUAAUGUCUUUAGUUCAAGGUACAACGUGUGGUGUUUGUUUCCUCUCAAACUCUUGAUCCCCUUUGUUUUCUGUUGCUACCCACAUCUGUUACUUUUAAAAGAAGUACCGUAAUCUUACUCUUUUUAAAAACUUUUAUUGACUGAUUCCGUUUCCGCCGGUAUUCUCUGAGUUGCAAAUAAUACGAGAUCAAUUCCGGACUAUGGCUCUCCGAAAUUCGAUUGUCCGGUGCGAAAUGCAAACACAGAUCCCUCACGUUGUGAACGGUGUUUGUUUUGGUAUUUUGUACGGUUUGUCGGGUAUUGUUCAUAAGAGAUCCAUUAUCAGGAUUGCGGGGUGCUUUAUGUGGUUUGGGGAGUGGCUUUUUGCUUGUCCGGUUUGGAAACAAAAACGGCCUGGAUUUGCAUUGCAUUGAUUUUUAUCUCCCUCAAAUUCAUAGUGCGGAAAGCUUGCUGCAUAAAGUCUUUGCGCUUUUGAGAAAAUACGUACUCUGAUGAAGCUUGAAAACUAAUUACCUCAUUAUCAUCGUUUCCGCCGGUGAACUUUUCGACUUAUCACUUGUGUGCUUUCUUGUUGUCCAAUUACGGUAACCUUUAUCAUUGUGAUGAUUUUGUUGCAAAGCCUCUAUUGAUGGCGAGGUCUGUCCUUCUUUUUGUAGAGUUUAAUUCCUAUUUUUGAUAUUUCCAGAGGAGCAAUUUUAUGAGUUGAUAAUUCUUGGUGAUUGCUCUUUGAGAGAGAUUAGUCGGUAAGAGAUUGGUUUUCAAAUGAGUUUAUUGAAGUGUAGAAGUUCGAAAUUUUGUGUCCUUGAUGGGGUUGUAUCAGAUACUGGUUCUUAUUCUCCCACGCACCGAUUGUAAGCCGUUGAAGUCAUCCUUGAAUCUAGUUUUGGUCGGCUAAUUUUAGACUUUGGAAGAUGAAAGUUCAAUUCUCCCAAAUGUUCAAGGGAAGCUCCUUGUUAACAGGUUUGUCUUUGAACUUUGCUCCUUGUCUGCUCUCAGCUUUCCGGAACACUUGAGAACAUUCCGGUUUGAGCUCAUUAACGCGUUGUUUGCAUAAGGGCUAAUUAUGAAAAUUUCUCGUCUCUUCGCAGGCAUAUGAUCGGAGUUAGUGGUUAAGAAUUGUACUUUUCUCAGGAACUUAUGUUAGUAGGACUUCGUUGAGUGGUUUGAGAUGCGUUGAGAAUCUGUGGGUGUGGAUUCAGGUGGUUCUUUGAGUAUAUGUAGGUGGUAUUUGUUGCAAUGACAAGAAGGAAGUUAGACAUAGAUUUGGAGGCUUUUAGAGACUAGACUUUCGCUUGGAAGUUGGAAUUGAAAUGAUUCAGUCUGAGCAUUCUGUUUUACCAGAUUCUGAGACAACCGCGUGCAACCGCACUUCCCCUGUGCUAAUGUAGUACUUGAUCCGGUUUUUUUGUUGCCCAUUCUCUCUGUUGAUCAAUUCCGAACUUCCCCCUUUGAGAACGCCUGCGUCUUUCAAGACCGAAGUACAUUUUGUUCGAACUUGACGUGCAAAUUUUGAGGAAAAUCCGUACAAAACACUUGAGAAUUUUUUUGUACGGACUUUCUAGCUCCCUUUUACUCUUUUACUAACUGUAAUCGAUAUGUUCAAUAGAUUAUUAAAAGGAGUUUAAAUUUUUUGUCUAGGCAACUGUUUCCCUACAUAACAAGGAUUACUGUAAAGUAAAUACUUGUGUGUGGCGAUCAGUUAAAUUGUUUUGAGCUGGUUUUUGAUCCGGCUGAUGUAAUUCAAAGUACAAUACUUCUUGAUGACGGUAUCACAACCGUCUUUUAGCGGCGUCUGAACCAAUUUGUUAAACAUUAUUUAUGUUUUCAAUGCAAACCAUUUCUCAAAAUCGGGCUGUUCUCCUUAAUGCACUGUAAAGUGUGUUAAGAUAAGUCUGUUGGUUCGUAUUUUUUCCGUGAAUUCGGUUUGAUAGUGGGUUAAAUUUGGCGCUUUUAUCAUAUCAAGCCGGAGUAAUGUUAUUCUAGCGGGGUCAAGUGCUCUUCGAGUGCUGAAUAAUAAAAUUUUGAUGGGUUUCAAUUGUUUUUCGCAGGGUUUCGAAGGCUAUUUUUUGAGGGAAAAUGACCGUGAAGAGAGGCAUUUUGGGGGGAAAAUUAUUUUACAUUUACAUUAUGAGAAGUUUUUUGCAUUUUUCAAACCAAAAUAAUGUCGCAUUCGUUCAUUAUUUUUGUCGAGUCCCUGCGAAAAGUGAUGAAAAUCACGUGAAAUCGGGAAAAAUUGGUUUUUGAAAAGUUUAGCGGUGGUUUUUGACUGAAAGGAACACAUGACUCGAAUUUGAGUCAAGUGUUUCCCUUGAACGGAAAUUUCUGGAGAUGGAAUAAAAUUUAUAGAGAUAGCGGAUAAUGAGGUUUUUAGAGACUUACCAGUUUUUAAAUCGAUGUUUUCUUGAAAUUUGAGAGAUUUUGCAAUUUUUUCGUUGUGUUUUUUGAUUUCCCGAAAAUUUUUGAAAUUUUUCGACCAUUUACGGCAGUUUUUUAGGAUCUCCUUUCCCCGUUGACCAGUUCCCCCGAUUCCCCGUCAAUGAGAAGCCUUCUGAAAAAAGGGAAGUCGCUAAAACUCCCUCCACACAUAUACCGAUCGAAACAAAAGGCCAACAAUGCUUUGAGAAACAUAUUCGAGGCCAGUAUUAGGUCACAACCGAAGAAGUCAGAUUCAACCAGCUCGAUAAUCGAGCCAAAGAAGCCAAGGAAACGAGAACGACCGAAAGGUAAGGAUUUCCGAUUGGCGGAAUUUUUAUUUUACAGGGUGUACCAAAUUCGGUGCCCGAUUUGAAUUGGCUAUAACUUCUUUAAUUUUGGGCCAAAUUUAAAAAUUUUUUUUUUCUCCAGAAUCCCCAGACAACCCCAUUUUGUCUGAUACCAAAUAUGUUAUACAUAGGUAGGUGUCAUCUACAGUUAUUGGAUUUAUUCUUGGAGUUCAUUUUUUCGGUCGUUUUUCGGUUGUUUUUUCGGCGUUUCCUGGUGUGUCCGAAAAUGGAGUACGGUGCGGAAGAAAAAUACGGUGGAAUUUCCCAUCCUGAAAAUCGACGAUGAGAAUAAGAACAAAAAGUGAAGAUCAACCUCCAGAGUUCGUCGAAUGGUUCUUGGUGAAGUCAUUCCCUAGGUUCUGGCCAAACUUCGUGUACUCAUGUGCGGAUUUUCUCGGAAUUUUGACAAAACUUCUUCCAUUUUCAGCUAAGUUCGUACCCAUCUUUCCUGCUUUUUUUGUUUCCUGUUAACGCUACCAGUCUCAAGGAACCUAUUCCACCAACGCCGAAAUGUCUUGCGAUCUGGGUUGGGCCUUACGUCCGUAUUUCAUCCUGUAUUCCCUUUGAACAUUUAUUGGCGAACCGUUUUUGCCAUGCCAAACCACAGACCAAGCUUUUUCUUCCACAUCGUACUCCAUUUUCGAACACACCGGGAAAGGCCGAAAAAACAACCGAAAAACGACCGAAAAAAUGAACUCCAAGAAUAAAUCCAAUAACUGUAGAUGACACUUACCUAUGUAUAACAUAUUUGGUAUCAGACAAAAUGGGGUUGUCUGGGGAUUCUGGAGAAAAAAAAAUUUUUUAAUUUGGCCCAAAAUUAAAGAAGUUAUAGCCAAUUCAAAUCGGGCACCGAAUUUGGUACACCCUGUAUUUGUUUGAUUAUAUGAUGUAUAGAGGAUUUCUGUCACAUUUGAAGUCUGUGGAUAACUUUUGAUAUCUUUUGGAUACUUUUUGAUACCUUUGGAUCACUUUGGAUACCUUUCCGUCCCUUUGAAAUUUUUUUGAUUUUUUAUUGGUUUGUGUAUAAUUUCCAGCCUUCAACAUUAGUUUGAGAUGAUUUCAGGCUCAUGUCGAACAUUUUUGAGCAGUCUUCUGACGGAUUGGGUACUUCUUGCCCUACUUGGAUGUAGCAUGGCGUUGUGCUCAAUUGCUAUGGACGAAGCCAUCGAUCGGAUUGCUAAUUGUGAGUCAAAUUGUUCAUCAGGGUUUUUUGUUUGUCUGUUGAGAGAAUUGAGGUUUUUAUUUGGAUUUUUUAUAUCAGGUGUCAAGUGUAAUAUAAAUUUUUGUGAAGUUUUACAAGUAUUACGCGAUUUUUGAUAUUUUUCUUUCAUCUUCAGGGCACAUAAGCGUUCUCCACGACGUGGAAGACCGAACUAUGGGCAUGGCCCGAGAAAUCAGCACCUUCGCCAUCUGGGUUCUCUACGCUGUGGUGUUGGUCACCUCCUCGGCGCUUUUCGCCCACUACGUGGCUCCCCAAGCGAUUGGAAGCGGCAUCCCCGAGAUGAAGACGAUCCUCAGAGGCGUUGUGCUGAAGGAAUACCUGUCGUUCCGCACGUUGGCCUCAAAAAUGGUCGGUCUGACCUUGUCCUUGGGUUCAGGGAUGCCGAUCGGGAAGGAAGGCCCAUUCGUGCAUGUGGCAAGCGUCGUAGCGAACUUGUUGAGUCGCCUAGUCCACUCUUUCGACUCGGUCUACGUCAACGAAAGCCGGCACACCGAGAUGUUGGCCGCCGGCUGCGCGGUCGGCGUGGCUUGCGUUUUCUCGGCACCGGUUGGAGGUAGGUAUAAAUUUGGUUGAAAGUGCUGGAAAAAUUCACUAUGCAGGUGUUGAAUGUUGUUUAAAUUAUUUGUUAUAGGAGUAUUGUUCUCCAUUGAAGUCACCAGUGUCUACUUUGCCGUCAGAAAUUAUUGGCGAGGGUUUUUCGCCGCGGCCUGCGCCGCUACCGUAUUCCGAUUGGCAAAAGUGUUCAUAAGUUUGGAUGGUGAGUAGUAAAAAAGUUUUUUUCUUGUUUUGUGGAGUUCUUGGAGGCCGUUAAAUGUUGUUUUUCUGAAUUUCAAGGUGUUUUGUGAAGUAUCAGGUUUUCGUGGUAGGACCAAAAAUUUUUGAAAAAAUUGUAUUUUUGGGAUGUUUAACGGUUGAAAUAAAAAAUUAAGUCGUGAAAAUGGUGAUUGGGACACCCUGUUUAUUUCCAACCGCCUUUUUGUCGAAAAAUUUAUGAAUUUUGGGUCCCACCACGAAAACUUGAAUGUUCUCGGAAAUUGUCUCCGGUCUUAUUUGAUGGUGUGUGAAGGUCUCUAGUGUUGUUAAAACUGUAAAUUAUGUGUUGUAAUCGUGAUUGUGACGUAUUUUAGACGGCCUCAUCGCAUUCUACCAGACGUCCUUCCCAGCGGACGCGUUUUACCCGGAGGAAAUGAUCAUCUUCGCUGCGGUUGGGUUCGUUUCUUUUGGUUGUUGUGUUGUAGAUGAUUUAAGUUGUAUUUUUAUAUUAUUUCGAAGUGAUUUCGGAUAUGUUUUUGCAAUUUUUUUUUUUUGUGAAAACGGCGAUUUUUCCGUUUUUUGUCGAAUUUUUCAAUGUUUUUGAUGUUGUAUCAGCCCGAUUUAGAUAAAAAAAAGAAUGUCUAGAGUGUAAUUAGUAUUUUAGGUUUGUUUGCGGCGUUGCAUCCGCCGGCUUCAUCGCUCUUCAUCGCUUUAUUGUCUUGUUUUUGAGGAGGAACAAUCUGAUGAAGAAGAUUUUUCAAAGAAAGUAAGAUUUUUUUGUUUGAAAUCUGGAUUUUUUGGAUAUUUUAUUGCAUUAUAGGCUUCUCAGAGUCUAUGUUUGUAUUUUAGCUGGCUGAUUUACCCGAUUGUGGUGUCAAUUUUCAUCUCCACAUUAACUUACCCAAAGGGUUAUGGACUCUUUAUUGGCGGAUAUGUAAGUUGAUUUUGAGUCAAUUUUUAUUUUUAUUAUCGUGUUUUACCGUUUUUUAUUUUUAUUUCGGUUUAUUUGGAGGGGUUUUUGCUGAGUGAAACACUUGACUCAGAAGUUUGUUAUUGCUGUCAGAUGUUGCUCUUUAUGAUUCAUUGUUAUAAAUUUGCGAUUAAAAAGUAAAAUCUGAAAGUUUUGUGAUGGUAGUGCGCCGUUCAACGCAUUAUGGGUCAAGUGUUCCCCGUUUUCUAGGGUUUUUUAACCGAGAGGAACACUUGACCCAGAAGUUAGUUUUUUGAGUCAGCUGUUACUUUUGAUGAUUGAUUGUUGGAAAUUAGUUAUUAAAAAGUAAAAUCUGAAAGUUUUUUGACGGUAGUGCGCCAUUCAACGCAUUAUGGGUCAAGUGUUCCCCUCGAAUUUAAUUUUUUUAAUUCUGAGAUUUUUGAACUUUAAUUUUGAUAAAUAUUUAUUCUCAUUGUGUUUUAGCACAAAUUCAGCAAAGCUGCACAAUUUUUCUUCCUGAAUUGCACCUGGACUGCACAUCCAAACUCGUCCGUUGGCUGUGGCCACGAAUUAGACGGAUGGCUCGGAGAAGACCACGACAGAGACGUUUUUUUGGUCUUAUCUUGCUUCAUGCUGACCUUUGUGAGUUUUAGAAUUGAUUUUGAGGGUGUUCAGGAAUUUUCAAGUUUUCGUGGUAGGACCCAAAAUUUUUAAUUUUAUUGAAAUUUGAUAGUAAAAUACGAAAAUUAGAAUUGGAAAUAGUUUAUUAAUAAUGAAAUAUUAAAUUUCAGUACAUCCUGGCUGCCUUGGCCAGCACUUUACCUAUUCCUUCAGGCUCAUUUGGGCCAUCUUUCACGAUCGGCGCAGUUUUUGGCCGAUUUGUUGGUGAAGUCCUGGCUGUCUGGAAGCCAAAUGGAUUCCGUGGCAACCCAUUGAACCCGAUUUAUCCCGGUGGCUAUGCAGUAGUCGGUAGGUUUCAUAUUACACUUGAUUUAGCCGUUUUUUCGGCAUAGAGAAAGACUUGACUCAAAUUGGGUCAAGUCUUUCCCUGAGCCAAAAAUGGCUUGAAAUGCUGUGAAAUGAACGGAUAUUGAAUUUUGAAGAUUUUUAGGAGCUGCGGCCUUCUCUGGAGGUGUCACACAGACGAUUUCUGUGGCUGUUAUCAUGUUCGAAAUCACUGGACAAUUGGUUCAUAUUUUACCGGUUAUGGUGAGUUUAUGGAGUGGGAAUAUUUAUAAAAAUUUAGUGUAUUAUGCGUGUAGAAGUAUAUACUUGAUUUUGCAAUAAAUUUUAUUAAGUUUCAAGUUCGUAUUUUAGGAUUUUUUGUCGAUUUUCUCCAUUUUUUGACCUUUUUUUCUUCAGAUUGCCGUAUUGAUCGCAAACGCUGUGUGUUCGUACCUCCAACCAUCGAUUUAUGACUCCAUAAUCCAAAUCAAACAUCUUCCGUACCUACCCGACAUUCCACAUGCGUCUUCCAGGUUCCAUGGUGUUCAUGUUGAGCAGUUCAUGACCUCCAAUAUUCAGGUAGGUGAAGAAAAUUUUUGGUUGGAAAAGAGGGAAUAAAGGAUGGAAAUAAAGUGAAAAAUAGUUUUUUUUAACAAAAAAGUACUUCCAUGGGGUAUGGAGUUGCAGGUCGAGAAUUAUAUCAAAAAAUCUCAAAAUUUUUCUGAUUCAGAAUAUGUAAAAAUUAGCUGCCCAGUUUUGGUCUGUAAGGUCGAAAAGUCCCUCAGAACUUUUCUCGCAACGCCAUGCAAAGGGUUUUUUGCCCAAGUAUUUACCCAUUGAGGUGUUUUUUUGAGCUAAAAUAAACCCUGGCAUCUUGACAAGCCUUAAAAUACCGAAUUUGAUUAAUACACUACGCAAAUGACCCUUUUUUUACAUUGGAACUACUAAUUAAGAUGUUGUAUUAAUCAAAUUUGAUAUUUUAAGGCUUGUCAAGAUGCCAAGGUUUAUUUUAGCUCAAAAAAAUGGUUUUGAAUUGGUAAAAACUUGGUCAAAAACCCUUUGCAUGGUGUUGCAAGAAAAGUUCGGAGGGUUUUUUCGCCCUUAGAGACCAAAAUUAGGCAGCUAAUUUUUACAUAUUCUGAAUCAGAAAAAUUUUGAGAUUUUUUGAUAUAUGUCUCGACAUGUAACUCCGUACCCCAUAGAAGUACAUUCCCUAUGAAAGAAAAUCAAUUUUUUGGUACUAGAAAAGAGAUACAUUGGUUUUUUUUUUGAAGUAAAAUACGUAGCACAUACGUAAGUACGGUCUUUGCAAAAUGGAUUUUUUCUAUAUUAAUUCAGAAUCAAACUCGCAUGAAAAAUUUUUCGUUAUAUAAAAUGUCCUGACAGUUAAAAAAAAAACGGUAAGCACAACUUUAUCUAGUCAAAAAAAUAUAUUGAAAAAUUCUAUUUUGCGAAAGUAAAAUACGCCCUGAAAUACUUUCCUUGUUAAGUUUUUUUUCAGUUCCUCAGCAAAGAUUCGACCUACUCGGAUGUCCAAGAAAUUAUCUUGUCGAACGAACGGAUAAAGGCCUUCCCAAUAGUCGAAAACAAGGAGAAUAUGAUCCUGAUUGGCUCCUGUUCCAAAGCGAAAUUGGUCCGAAGCCUCAACGAAAAAGUCGGCCAAACUGCCCGUCAAGCCGAAGCCCUCAGGCAAUUCGAAGGCAACUUGCAGGUAAAAGCGGCUGUAAGCUAAUUCAACUACCCUUUGUUGUGCUGUCCUGAAAUUUUGGAGAGAAAAAUGAGAAAAUUUGAUUUUUGGAGCAAAAAAAUGAGAUUUUCUGCCUAAAAUAAGAUGAAUUUUAGGAAAAAAGUUAUGGGAAUAGACGGUGGAUUUUAAGGAUAGGAUGUGAUGAGAGAUUUACGGCUAAAAUACGAUAUGAUUUUUUGGCAAAAAAUGAGAUUUUUUGAAUGAAAAAUGGGAAUUUUUGAGAAAAAGUUGAAAAUUGAUGACUAAAAUAAGGUAAUUAGGUCUUGGAAUUUAUAGAAGAAGAAAUUUGAUUUAAUUUUUUCACCGAUUUUGUGUCGAAAAAAUUGGAAAAACGAAGAAAAUUGGCCAAAAAUACUUAAAAUAAGGUGAUUUUUGGAAUUUUUUUUUAUUUUUUCCCCGAAAAAUCGUUUAAUUUCCCCUUGAUUUGAUGUGAUUUUCCUUGGAAUUGACACAAUUUUUAAUAAUAUCAGCUUAAAAAUAGUUUUUUCCCAUUAAAAAUGCUUUGAUUUCCCCCUGGCUUGAUGUGAAAAAACUCGUAAAAUUAUGUGUGUUUUGCACUUUCUACUGAAUUUGACGCCAUUUCACGAAAUUUCAGGACAUUAACCGCCGUUUCAAGCCGGUCCACGAGCAGCGCGGCGGGAUUUUAAUGGACCCGGAGACCCAAAAAAUCCUACAAAAUAGCUCGCCGAUCGAAAAAUUGAGCCCCCAAGAAGAGAACUACUACUAUGAGGACUCGCCUCAAGUCUUGAGAAGUCAGAAUCAACGCCUAGCGGCGGACGAGGCAGGCCUGAAGGCCUCAAAAAGCUCCCCGAUUCUUCUGGGCCAGGAGAAAAGACACGUGAACUUUGAAAACGACUCGAGAAAACGGUCCAGAUUCACGAUCACGGCGGUAAAUGACAAGUCAUCGACGAGCUCGUCGCUGGAGACAGACCUAGAGAGCGGCUCGACCAACCUUCGAAGCAAUAAAAGCCUGAAUGUUAGCCAUCUUACACAUGACUUCCAUAGCACCAUGACUGGUGGGUUUUUGUGAUUUUUGUCAGGUUUUAGGGGGAAAUUAAGGGUAAAUUGGACUGUAGUAGUAGACGAUUUGUGAGCUAAAACGACGAUGGAAAUUGAAUGCCAAGAGCUUUUGGGUUUUCGUGGUGGGACCUAGAAUAGAUCUCAGUGAAGAUAAAAAAUGAAUGUUCUUAUUAUUACUGUCAUGUAAAAGAGGUUCUAAUUGUAGUUUCAAACUGUUUCCAGUACGAAAAAAGUUUUGGAACAGAAUGCCAAGAGCUUUUGGGUUUUCGUGGUGGGACCAAAAAUUGACUUGAGUGAAGAUAAAAAAUGGAUGUUCUUGUUAGUACUGCUAUGUAAAGAGGUUCAAAUUGUAGUUUCAAACUGUUUCCAGUACGAAAAUUUGUUUGGAACAGAAUGCCAAGAGCUUUUAGGUUUUCGUGGUGGGACCAAAAAUUGACUUGAGUGGAGAGAAAAAAUGGAUGUUCUUGUUCUUUCUGUUAUGUAAGAGAGAUUCUAAUGGCAUUAUGAAACUGUUGCCAACUCGAAAAAAGUUUUGGAACGGAAUGCCAAGAGCUUUUGGGUUUUCGUGGUGAGACCAAAAAUUGACCUGGGUGAAGGUAAUAAAUGGAUGUUCUUGUUGUUACUGCUAUGUAAAACAGGUUCUAAUGGUACUUUCAAACUGUUUCCAAUACGAAAAAGGUUUUGGAACAGAAUGCCAAGAGCUUUUAGGUUUUCGUGGUGGGACCUAAAACUUUAAUAAAUAGAAAUGUUUUAAAAAUUUUAAGUGGUUAAAAUACGACAGAUGGCGUUUGGGACUGUUUUCGAACCCUGUAUGAUAAUUUUCCUUUGUAAUUCAUCCUUUUUUCAGACAUAAUCCGAAGUCUGGCCAAGUUCCCCUUCCAAAAGCAACGAAAACCCUCCGCGGACGACUACGAUUUGCACGGCGACGAGCGAAAACGCUGGGAAAACAGUCAACUCUCCCUACCAAUCGACUGGAACACAAUCGGCGUGGAUCCGGCCCCAUUCCAGCUGGUGGAACAGUCAUCUUUACUCAAGGUCCACUCUCUUUUCUCGCUACUCGGCCUCAGUCGGGCCUAUGUGACGAAAUGCGGACGAUUGGUGGGAGUUGUCGCGUUGAGAGAUGUAAGUUGGAGGGUGGUUGGUGUUUUUGGAGAAGUGGAGGGGAUGUUGAGAGGGAGUUUGGGGUGAUUUUUGGGGUGAAAAGGAAGGAUAAGGUGAAAAAUUGGGGGAUUUUGGAAAAAAAUUUUAAAAUUUUUGGUGGUUUUGCGCUUUUUUUUGGGGAAUUUUGGGGUAGAUAAUGAUUUUUGAGGUAAAAUGCGAUCAAUGCAAUGAUAUUAGUGUUAUCUUCGAAGAAAAAAUUUUUUUUUGGUUGAGGAAAAUUUCACAAUUUUUGUGGUUUGAGAUAAUUUUUAGAUGUUUCAAGGUUAAAUUCGCAUCCGAAAAUAUUUUUUCUGCCGUUUACAUUAAGCUUCAGAGCUUUUUCAGCCAGAUUUUUGCAAAAAAUAAUAAAAAAAAUUAAGAUUUUUUAGGGUUUUUGGGACUUUUUUUCAAAUUUUUUUGAUUUUUUGUGCCGUUAGAAAGUUUAUGGUAAAAUACGCAGAGAACGGCUUCUGGUUAAUUAAUUGAUUGAUUGAUUAAUUUCAGAUCCGACUAGCCGUCGAGAAGGUGAACAACGGCCAACUCACCGUCACCACCGGCAAUAUAAACACGGACCCACCACAAAGCCCACCCCGUCAAAACAUCCUCCAAAAACUCCGCUCCACCGCCAACGACACCAUCCUCGACGAUGAAGAAGACGCCCUGAACGACUAUCUGAACCCCCCAUUGGUGGUGGUCGACCAAACCGCCAUCGAAGCCGACGAAUGGGAGAAAUCGAAGCCGGAGGAAAAGCAGGAUGUGGAAGGUGGAAAGUCGCCGCUCUACAAGGGCUACAGCGUGGGGUCGGACCCUUGCUUGGCUGGCAGUCCGAGUGAGGAUACGAAGAAACCGAAAAGUAGGCAAUUUUGGGAUUUUUUUUUAUUUUUUUUGGGUCUCACCACGAAAGUUUUGAAUUUUAGAAUUUUUUUGGCAUUGUGUUUUAACAUUAGAAAUGUCGUUUUUAGAGAAGAAAUGUGGGAAAAAAUGGCGUAUUUUACAAUUUCAAAAGAAGUUUUGUCGUUUUUACGAAAAAAUGGGUCCCACAACGAAAAAUUGAAACCCGUUGGCAUUGCAGAUUUGAAAUAAAAAUUGACUUUUUAGUGGAUCGACGUGCGAAAUCAUUGGGAUUGGGAAUGCUAGCCGAAGUGGAACCCGAUAAAUUAACCAAAUUUUGGGUGGAAUCCACGGAAAGUCAGGAAUCCCCACCAAUGAUACAGAUGACGUCACCAACCCCGCCAAAUGAACUUUCUGAAGAUGUGAAGUCGAAAGAAACUGAAGAGAGACAGCAGAGCAGUCAGAGUAGUCACAGGUAAGGGAUUUGAAAGUAUUGAAAUAUCGGUUUUGGGUCCCACCACGAAAAUUAAAAUCUCCUUGGCAUUGUGUUUUAGCCAUGUAUUUUUGAAUGGAAAUGACUGUCUGAUGAAUUUUUAGGCUGAGUCCAUCAUCAGCAGCCCUCUCAACGUCACUUCCGUCCAUAUCGGAUAUCGCGAAAGCCGAGGAUGCGAAAAAUAAUUUGGAUGCUCAAAGUCAACCGGCCAGAUCAAGUUCGACCGUAACGAUAGGAAAGAAACAUCAACAAAUACAUUUGAAAUAG